AUGUCGAAGUCGCCAGGUGAGAAGGGCAGUGUGCCCCUGAACUUCCUCCACAUCCUCGUGGGCCGCGAUGCCUUCACCUCCGUCACGGAGCGGUCUGACCGGGUGACCGGCGGAAUCUCCGCGGACCGCACGCUCUUCUACAACACCGACGGGGAGCUGAAGAAGGCGCCGCCCUUCGGGACCUUCGGGCAGGCAUUGAAGGAAUGCCAAGAGAUGUUCGCUCGAAAGGCUGAACUCCUCAAGACCGCGGGUGUGGGGGAAAUCUGUGUGGUCCGGGGGCCCGAGCGAAUGGGCGCGAAUGGGCGCGAGUGGCGAGAAGAUUACAGUAUUCAAAGCAAUGACGCAAAGGAGUGCCAAGAACAAGAUCACUGCUGGGAAAGGCUUGACAACAAGAAGGGCACUCCUGCAGAUGAGCUUCUGCCCUUUCGGGUCAUGACCUUGGCCAAGAAUGCGUACGUGAUACAAGAGAGGGAAUGGGGCUGGGGAGAAGGUUGUGCCAUUUGCAGAAGUCAGUUGCAAGCGUUGCCACAGCCUCCCCGCUAUCCUCGCUUCGGCAAGUUCGCGCUGGACCCCGACACCGAGGAGCCGGUGACGAGCACCGUGGUGCAAGUGGACUUUGAUGGUGAUCCGGCGGAGGGCAUCGUGCCUUAUUUGGUUGAGCUUGACAGUGGUGGAGAGGUCCUGGCGCCCAAGGAUACGGCCGAGCUGGUCGUGGCCGCUGGGCAACAGCCAGCAGAGCCCUGGCACGUGACGCAGGCUCGUGGCUCGGAGCAGCGUGAGCUCCGGCGAAGGGGCAUGGAGUACGCUGGCCAAGCUAAACACCCAGCUUUGUUCCAGCCGAGUCAACUGCACCGGUGGCUCCUACCAAGCUUCCUGGAGGCCACCAGUGCUUGGCGCAGCUCCGGACAACCGGAGCAACUGCAGAUCCGGCGGCUGCCGAACGUGCGGCUGGAGACUGAAGGCAUCGUCUCCUUCGACUGUUUCACCCAGGAGUUCUGCAAGAUGCUCUUGGAGGAAGUUCUCAACUACCAGGCGCGCGCAGAGGUACCCCGGAGUCCGUCGACUGCGAGCAACUAUGGCCUUGUGCUCAACGAGAUUGGCCUCAAGCCGGUCUUUUCUGCGCUGCUGGAGGAGCAUCUCCUGGGCAUUGCUACACGGCUCUUCGGGCCCAUCGAGUUGCAGGAUGCUUUCACGGCAGGAUCUCAGGGAUUCGAACAUUGGGGCGGCGACAGCUUGUCGGCACACCACACCUUUGUGGUGAGGUAUCAGCCGGACGAGGACCGGUCAUUAGACAUGCACGUGGACGAGUGUGACGUGACCUUCAAUUUUGGUCUCACCAACUCGGACGACUUCCGAGGCAGUGAUUUGGCCUUCUGUGGGAUGUUAGGAUCCGAGGAGCACCGAAAGCACCUGCACACCUACAAGCACCGCUGCGGUCGCUGCGUGGUGCAUUUGGGCAAGCGGCGGCAUGGCGCGCUGGCGAUCUCCUCGGGUCGCCGGAUGAGCCUGAUCAUGUGGUGCAAGAGUCCUGUGUUUCGGCAGUCGGACGAGUACUUGCUGCGCCGUUUCGCACCCAGAACCCGAAAGCGGCCCCGGUCACCGGACCGCGUUUGCCUCUCCCACGAGCACGACUCCGACUACGAAGAAAAGCUCGAACGGCUCAGCCGGCAGCGCGGCGAACCGCGGCGGUUUCGAGGUUCAACAGCCGGCCAAUGA